AUGGAGGCGCCUCCGGACUUCAAGGCUCAACAGGAGAGCAUCCAAAAGGCCCUCGUAUCCACGGUCAAGUCCGUCAAUCGCAUAGCCGCGGAGGAUCUGGGAUUCCAGCGAACCGUAAACCCCGAUGUCGCGGAACAACUUGACGACAGAUCCGCACGCAUGCUGCAUCUCUCCACACGCCUACUUCAAUCUGCCGCCAAGGCGUGCGGUGUCAAAGGCCCGAGGCUCGAAGAUGCAGAAGACAUCGAUAUGAGAUGGCAGGCUAUCGUGGAUGUGGUGGAUUCCGUUCUCGAAAAGGCCGAUACCGCCAUGGACGAAUACACUGGCCUGGUGAAGCGAAAAGAACCCCCGAGCGCGGAUACUGGUCCCAAAGCGAAAAGAACAAAGCCAACGGGCAAAGUUAUCCGAAAUGCAAAUGUCACCAAGCCCCAGACCACGUUCGAGAAGCAACCCGACAACUUUCCUACUGGCCCCUGGAAACCGAUUCUCGCCAACAAGCCUCAUGCUACUGUUUCAUUAGAGCAGAGCCUCGUCAAUUCUCCAGGCGAAGACGGCAUAAAACAGUACAAACACCCUUACGAAACAGAAAUCUCGAAUAUGAAGUACCCAGACUGGAUAUUCCAAAAGCACCCUCCCGUACCCUCACAACCGGUAGACUCAACAAAAGCUACCUGGGUAGAUACCUAUGAGGGAGUUCUCGAAAUGUUGGAGGAACUCAAGAAGGCCAAGGAGAUUGCCGUCGACCUGGAGCAUCACGAUUUCCGCACAUACACAGGACUUGUAUGCCUAAUGCAAGUUAGCACCCGGGAUAAGGAUUGGAUUGUAGAUACGCUGCGGCCAUGGCGACACAGGCUUGAAAUUCUCAACGACGUCUUUGCCGAUCCCAGUAUUGUGAAGGUAUUUCAUGGUGCGUACAUGGACAUGGUUUGGCUACAACGGGACCUGGGCCUCUACGUAAAUGGUCUUUUUGAUACCUAUUUUGCCUGUGAUCUUCUUGGCUAUCCAGGCAGAAGUUUGGCCUUUUUACUAUCGAAAUUUGUCGAUUUUGAUGCCGACAAGCAGUACCAGCUGGCUGACUGGAGAAUACGGCCUAUUCCGGAAGAGAUGCUGUAUUACGCUCGUUCAGACACGCACUAUCUUCUUUAUAUAUUUGACAACGUUCGUAAUGAACUAAUCGAAGCUUCGGACAGAAGCGAUCCGGAGAAGGACUACAUCAACCAGGUCUUGGAGAGAUCAAGAGAACUGGCGCUAUCACGGCACGAAAACCCCGACUACAACGAGACGACCGGUGAGGGACCCAGAGGGUGGUACAACUACGUGUUGAAGCACUCUCACCUUGCCUUGAAUGGGGAGCAGUUUUCUAUAUUCAAAGCCUUGUGGAAGUGGAGAGACGAAACGGCACGACAAGAAGACGAAAGCCCCAACUUUGUGCUGGGAACAACCAACGUCACUGAAAUUGCACGCGUCAAUCCUCCCGAUGUCAAGGCUCUGCACAGUCUAUUGCCUCUGACAGCCCCUCUAGCCAGAGCGCGCCUGAAUGAUAUCUGGGACCGGCUUCAAGAGGCCAAGACCAAGGGUGGACCAAGCUUAAUGCAAUUCUUUACGAAUCUCAUGCCAGAGUCAAGAGUAACGAGCAAGAUGCCAAAACUUGCUCGUCAGCGCGUGGAGUUGCCAACUCUGGAGGGGCCCGAUGUCUCGGUAGUGACAUUGGUUCAGUCCAAGCUAUUCGGCAGCAUGCCUAUAAGCUCGCGGUGGGAAGAGUCGAGGGGGUCGUCAACACCCAUGGAUGACAAUAUACCUUUUCCUUGGCAACGAUUUGUCCGCGAUUCCACCACCACUGACGGAGUGCAAGAGGAAGAGGCUGUCAGUCAAGUUGUGGAGAACAUUCCUUCAGCGUCGGAAACGCCCAACGUUAAGGCUGGGGUGGAAGAACCUGACGAGGAGUUUACUCUGAAGACGGGAAGAAAGCGGAAACUUGAGUCGGAGCCGGAUGAAGACGACGAGACGUCAUCCUCUGGCGAAUCAGAAUUUGAAUCCAAAUCUGAAUCUGAGUCUGAGCCACAGCCACAGCCAGAGCCACCGGCAAAUGAGGAAGAAGACAUGUCCGUUGCGGACGCCAGCGGCGUCAUAUCCAUGGUAGAUGAUUCAUCCGAAAAGAGCAAGAAACAACGCCAGCUAGAGCGUCGCCAGAGACGAAAACAAGGAAAUGUCGAAAUCGCCAAGAAACGGGAAGCCAAAGUCGCGAGAAAGGCCAAGAAGCAGGAACGGCGGCAGGGCAAGGAGGAGCAAAAGAAGAAGUACAGUGCUGUGCCAUUUGAUUAUGCCAAGGCCACAUCAGUCAUGCACGCCAAUCGUGGACAAGGUUCUCAGAGCGGACGGAAGGAGCAGAAGAAAGUGUUUGAUCCGUAUUCCAAGACUGGUGAGGAUGAGAUAAAGGGCGCGAGGAAAAUGCCGCCUGUCAGGGGAGAACGGAGUGCUACGUUUAAGAAGUAG